AUCAUGGUCAUGUCGUAAGUUCAGUGUUUUUACGACACGAGCUCCUACACCUCCACUUCUGUCCAGGGAAUGCAAUCAUAUUCGUCCUGAAGUUUCGCCUUAAAUGAGCAUAUUUGAUCUUUUUCGUGGAUUUUUUGGGGUUCCCGGAGGAACAUACGGACGGUAUGGUCCAAGGGAACCCUUCUUCGAUAGCAUGACCCAUGAUGAAGACGACGAUGAGGAGGAUGAAAGGGAGGGUUUUUACCCUGGCUCGUUCGAAGGGCCAGGAGGUCGCGACCCGUUGGACGAUGCCUGGCGAUUCGGCUUCAGCAUGGGACCUAACGGAAUGCGCCUUCACGAGCCUCCGAUGUUCGGACAAAUCCUCAGGGAGAUGGAGGAUAUUUUCUCUGAGCUCGGGCGCUGGGAGGACCGUCACGGACCGUUCGGGAUGCCCAGUCUAGAGCCCCCUCACCCACCUCAGGGCAGAGGUCCAUGCGGAGAGUCGGGGGAUAAAAAUAGCUCAUUGCGGGAUUUCAUGUUGAAGUGCCCGGACGAUAGGCCCUCCCCCUCGGGCCCCCCACCGCCAGGGGCCCCCCCAGACAGCCACGGACCCUCUCCAGACUCCCCAUUCCAACGCUGGUCACCUUUCUCAAAGUUUCAUGACAGCUGGCGUGAUGGUCUGUUUGGCGCUCCUCUGGAUACCAAAAAAGAAGAUGGAGAUUUGGACUCCCAGGUGUCCUCAGGCGGCCUGGACCAGAUUCUGACGCCUGCACCAGCUCAGCCCAGAACACGCAGCUUCUUCCAGUCCGUCACGGUCAAGAAGAUUGUGAAGCCAGACGGGUCAGUGGAGGAGACUCGUACGGUGAGGGACGGGCAGGGCAACGAGGAGACCACGGUCACUCGCUCUGGUGGUUCAGGAGGCCCUGAGGGGUCAAGGGGCCCCAACGGUGGUCCAGAGUCCUCCACUGACCUGCAGGACAACAUGGACCUGUUCUCCAAGUUCUUCGGAGGCUUCAGAGGGUGAAUCAUCUCCUGCUUUCGUCCAUCUGCUCACGGUUUCACUUCCCUUUAUUUAUUUCCGCAUUAAUUGGGAUUGAGAUUAAUUCUGCGAAUGAGUGCAGUGAGUGAGUGAUAUGAUGAUGUCUGUUUGUUUGUUGCCAGGAAUAGUAAACAAUAAACAACAGUAAAUUGCAAAAUGGUGUGAUUUCCAUAUGGAUAUAUGUAGAUAAUUAACCCCAAAGAAUGUUUAUAAGAAUAAGGUUAUUUUAUUUAGUAGGUAUUAGUGUAAUCUGUUCUGAACUGAGCGUUGUUUAAUACAUAGUUGAUUUUGUGUGAGACCUAACCAGAGUCUGUACAAAAGAUUAUUUUUGUAAAGAGCCUCCUGCUGACAUGUCUUUGAAUAGACUGGAGAAAGGAGAAUAAAAGACUGAUACAAGA